UCCGGCGACAAAUUCUUACACAAGGAAAAAGCCGGUUGAGUUCCGACUUCCCGACGGUCACUAUCUCCUCGUCCUCGCCGGUUACCAUUAAUCAACAAAAUGUAUUACAAAUUUAGUGGAUUUACACAAAGACUGACGGGAGCCGUGUCAUCUUCCGCAUACAACCCGCAGGGCUUGAGGCCACAUAUACCUUCUGAAUCCCCUAAUGUCAUCUUUGCCACCCCAACUAAACUGGUUUCUGAAUCAAAUGCUGCAGUGGAGUAUAUGGGUGCCAACAAGGUUCCAGACCUCCAGAGGAUAUUUCAGGCCUCUGAUGAGAUUCCUGUUCAUCUGAAGCGAGGUGUUCCAGACAGACUUUUGUACAGGACCACCAUGGCACUGACAGUCGGAGGAGCUCUCUACUGUCUUGUAGCUCUUUAUAUAGCAGCACAGCCCAAAAACAAGUGAACUGUACGCAGCCUAUUUUCAUUGACUCACGUCAUCAGCAUUGUAAUAACAUUUGCGAUAUGUAACUUUAUUGUAUUUAUUAUGUACAUUAGCAAUAUGCUUCUCAGCAUCACAAUCACCACGAACAGACACUCUGUCCUGAACAAAUCUUCUACUACAUAAUGCCAUUUUACUUUUGUGUCCUGUAUCAGAUCUGUCUUUACAAAUGGGAUGCUGUUAGUUGGGAUUAUAAGAACAGUGGUUCUCAAUCUUUGUAAUUCCAAGGUCCCCCUUCAAGUCAAUAUUUGAUGCCCCCUACACAUAAUGAAAUGACAACACAAACACAUGCAAGUUUUUAAACCUCUUCAUUUAUAGAAACUAGGGUGAUAAUUAUUAAUUUCAGGGACAUAAAAGUGUUAAUUUUAAUGUGGUGUAAUGUAAAUUCCAGAAUACAAAAAGUUUUGAAAGGGGGGUUUCACAAAACCAAAACAAUUGUUUUCUUAGUGCAAAGAUCAUUUUUUUUACUUUAAAGAACCUUUAAUGCGAUGGAAAGGUUCUGUGGAUGUUAAAGUUUCUAUACAGAACCAUCAAUGCCAAUAAAGAACCCUUAUUUUUAAGAAUGUAACAAAUAUGAAACAAAUAAAAAAGAUCUUAAUUCAGCUAUAUCAUAAUUUAGAAUUCAUAUUGUUAAAUUGUUACAAUUUAUUUUUUUAAAUAUUUUAAAAUUUUUGGAGUUUAUUGGCUGAGAACCACUGUAGGAUUCAAGACCUAUAGUACUAACAGACAAUAAACCCUUCACUAUCAGCCCCAUUAAUACUUCAUCAGUACAGGAUGGUUUAAACCAGAUGUGUGGUGGCUCACAGAUUGUGAUAAUCAUGUUUUGGUAAUGAUUGAUGAAUGCUGUGACGUUGGAAAGAGGUUAAGAAAGGAAAAUAGGGUGAGAUCUCACACUUUUCAGUAGUGUUGAUUGGUGUGUUACACACUCGAGCAUGUUAAGUGUGCCUCUGGGAGGCCUGAUCAUGAAAAAUCUAAAGGAAGUUCUUUAACACUUAUAGAAGAUGUGCCGAAUAUUCCAGAAACGUGGAACUGUAUUGGAUAAGGUGAAUGCAUUUGAUGCCAUGUACGCUUGCACCACUGAAUGCAAUAUUACUAUAUUUAAGGUCAUUCCACUGUUUUGGCUAUAUUUAAUGCAUUUAAGGACUUGAAAUGCUGCUGUGCUGCACCACUUUCCUAAGCAAUGUAUGUGUAAAGGGAAGCAAAAACGGUUUGUGUGUGAAAUAUACAUUCAUUUCACUCAUGUUUUGGCCCUCUGAGAUGUACAUAUUUAAUUUAAAACAACCUCAAACCAAAUAAAAAAUCAUGACCUUUUGA